CCGCUCGUUAACGACUGCCUGGUUGCUAGACGACUCAAUCUGCGACGCCGACGGGUAAACACUAUCGUCUAUACGGAAAGACAGCAGCCUUUUAACGGAUUUAAGGAAGCUAUGCUUCACAGCCCGCAUUACCGCAUGGGCUGCUUAUUACUUUGGAAAUUUAGCUGUCUUAAACGACGUAAAUUCCCAGUUGUAGCAUAGCUAGCGUCUCUUUUGCUGCCCCGUGUGGUUUUUCUUUUUUAACUACAACAAGAAGAGAGGAGGCGACCUGAAAGUGAGAUUUCGGACUUGGAAAAGAUGACCGAAUUACAAGUAGAAAAAGUCGCGUUUUCCAACUUAACAUAACGUUUGUUCACUCGCCAUGUUUAGUGCCAAUGCUAAGAUGUCUCUGGAGGCGAGUGAUGUCCAAACAGAUGAAGACUGUGAAGAGCUGGUUGAGGAUGGAUUCUCUCUUCCUGCUGACGUUCCAGUAAAGAAAUCAAAAAGGAAAGCUUAUUCUGCCAAGCCUCCUCCUUCUCCAAGGUCUCCAUACCUCACCAGUCUGAAUGUGAACACCAGGAAAGCAGCAGUGGGAGCCUGGAGACUGCCGACGGCCUCUCUGGGGGACACUAGAUUGAGCACUCCUGGGGAGACUGGCCCUGUUCGCCUUACUUCCCUCAGCAACGGCCAUGGUGUGUCCCAGACAUUGAGAUCAGAGUGUGAUGACACACCAGAGCUCCUUAGACAGACCCUGAGCACGAGGAAAUCCAAACAUCUCCAGUCUGCUUCCAAUGGCUUUACUUUAGUUACAAGUGAUUUAAUGGAGAAGGAAGACAUGUAUGAUGAGAUCAUUCACCUCAAGAAGAGCCUAAAUGAACAGAAGUCUGACAACCAGCAAAUGAAAGCCAAACUCCGACGCCUGGAGGAAGAUAAUGCUAAAAGAGAGAAACAGAUAGAAGCACUGCUGGAUCCCACUAAAGGAUCUGAAUAUACACGUAGUUUGGUGGAUAGGAAAAGAGAAGGGAGUGUGGUUAUCACUGGACUGAAGCAGAGGAUCCUAAAGCUGGAGCAGCAGUGCAGAGAGAAAGAAAACGCCUUUAGUAAACUACAAAGUGAGCUGAGGACCACCAACCUGGAAGAGCUGAAGAUCCGAGUAAAGUCAUACUUUGAAGAGAUCCAGAGACUGAGUAUGCUUCUUGAAGCUGCAGAGAAAAGCUGUCGAGCAGAGAGUAAAUGCUCCCAGAGGCAGCAAAAAGCUUUAAGCUCCACAGUUCACCGUCUGUCUGAGAACCUGAAACAGCUCCAACAAGAGAACGUGGCGCUCCGAGAAGAACUCAACACUGACAGUCCUGCUGGAGGAGUGAAAGAUUAUAGGGAGUGGAGUAAACAGAGACUGCUGAGACGACUGUUGGAGGUGGAGAAGACUCUCUCCUCCUGUCAGAGGCUGGAAGGCAGCAGAAGACACUCCCAGUCACAAAAGAGCACCAUCCAAUUGGAUAAGGAGGUCCAGACCACACCCAUUGAGAGUCUGGGGUUUACCAUGGCAACAGAGGCAGUGGUCUCCGUGGGAACGCUCACUGAGGAGAGAGACGAUGUUUUUGAGUUGAGGGAACGCUUAAGCCAAUUGGAGGAGGAGAAAAUGGCACUUGAAGAGUUGCUGUCAAGUAAAGAUGAUGAACUCAAACAGUUGAAGACAGACAGAGAAAAACUGGAGAAGGAGACGCAACAAUGGAAAGCUGAGCAGAAAAAACUACAUGAUGAACUGAGACGGCAGCAUAAACAGGAGUCGAAACAGUUGCAAGCGAGAAUUCAAACUCUGGAGGAGGAAAGAAGUAAACUUGCACAGGCUGAACUCUCCUCUCUUCCUCCUACAAUGGCAGAGGAGACUCAUGAGGACACUCAGGGCAGCACAGGUCUGGGAGAGGAGAGGGUCAGUGGAUGCAAAGAGGAGGCAGAGGGAGAUGAAGUAUUAGCUGCAGAUGAAGAGAAGAAAGAAAUGGAGAAAGCAGCGUUGGACAUUCAGACUUGCUGGAGGGAGCACAGAAACAGGGACACAGUGAUGCUGCAGUCAGCUUUAAGAGGCCAUCUCCUCAGAGACUCACAGCUAAAGGAGCUGCAGGAAGAUGCACAGAAUCAGGUUGAAGAAUCAUCAAACUUCAGUGAUGGAGCUUCCUCUGUUGAUAAAGCACUGGAUGAUGAUGAUGCCUUGACAGUGUUACAGUCUGCAUUCAGGGGACACCUGGCUCGAUGUAGUCUUGCACAAGAGAGUCCUGUGCCUUCUUUAAUGGAAAACAAAUUGCCCACGCUGGUACCAAGAAGCAGUCAAUUACCGCAUCCAUCCAGCAGAACAGAUGCUGCAUCCCUCGGUGAUGAUGGUGAAGAGGAAGGUGCAGAAGAAAACAUGCGGCCUUUGUCUAGCACUUAUGCCUCCAGGAGGACACUCACAAAAGCCCAAACUGAAUUUGGCACAGCAGAGAUCGAUGGAGACGCUGCAUUCAAUUCUGAUGAUUCUGAUGACAUCAUCGUGUCUCCGUCACAUCCACCGAGAAGCUGAGAAGUCUUAAUGUUACAGACCUUACGCUCUGUGUGUGGGUGUGUGUGUGCGUGCGAAAUUAUAGUUACUACAACUUCUUACUGAUCCUGCAAAUAAAAGCUGGGAUAUUCAAACAUUGUUCAUGAUAAAUAUGGACACAAUAUUCACUGUGUAACGAGUUGCUCCCAGCCACUAACAGGAAUAUUCACAGAAUGUAUCUCAGUGUUGAUGUAAGGUUAUGAAAUGGUCUCUUUUUUUUUCUCUUUUAUAGAAGAGAACAUAAAAUGAACAUCCCACUUUUUUGAAUGCGAUAUUCUUGAGCCAAAUGUCCCUGUUUAAUUAGUCAGAUUUUAUUUAUUUUAUUUAUUUUUUUUUUUGCCAAAGUGCCUGCUGUAUGGAAAUUCAAAUUCAAAAUAUAGCUGCAAGCAGCAAAGAGGGGGCCAAGCAGCGAGAUACGACAGUUGCUAGGAAACAAGUUGUGAGAAUAGCAAAGAAGAAGUGUUAAGAUCUGCCAUCAAGUUUUAAGGUAAAGCACUUUUGUUAAUUACAGCUUCCCCCCAAAGGUAUAAUAACACCGAAUUCUCUGUGCAUCAUCAGGGAGGGGUCCAGAAGCCUACUGUGAAGUUUGAUCUUGAUAGGCCAAAGCAUUGCUGAGAUUCCUUUCUGGUGGCUUUGUCAUUAAAUUCGAUUAAUCGUUCAAUUCAAUUCAAUUUUAUUUAUAUAGCGCCAAAUCACAACAAACAGUCGCCUCAAGGCACUUUGUAUUGU